AAUGUAUCGUUGUUCAUCUAUCUACAGUAUGCUAGCAACAUAUAGUGACAGGCUGAACCAGUAAAUGCACUUCUACUAGAUGGAGAAGUUACAAUUAACCUGUGUAUCCACCUGUUGCCCUUCUUACAGCCAACUAAUAGCUUCGUAUUCAACUACCCAGACCCAGAUUUUUCACUAUAUACAUUUGUGAGUAAAUUGAGAUCAUUAUUUCAAUACUGUUUAAAAUGCAUGCUCUAUAGGGUUUAAAUUUUUGAGUACAUUGCGGCGUCAUUAUUUCAGUUUAAAUCAUUUUGUGACAUUUUUGUCUGGUGCCAGUGAGAUUUUUCUAAUAAUAAAUGGCUCAAUAAAGGUUGGAACACAGCAGUACACUACCAGUGCCGAAAACCACUGUAAUAGUGGUUUCAAUUUGUGGAAGGCACUAGGACCCUGGGCAUGUGAGCAGUGCAGACGGCAAACAAUGAAGAGAGCUGAGUAGUGGAGACCAGCACAUGAGCAACAUCUGAGCCACAAACCAUCACCAUCACCCUGCACCACAUUUCAACCUCGCAGCCCUCUUUCUCAUCCCCCGGACACAAGAGCUGAGUGGGAGUGGAACGUACGCUGGAUGUGCAGGCUUCUUCUGGCUUCUUUGUGUUUGUGAAUGACUGGGACUGAAGUGGGUCAUGCAGGACCACUGGAGGAGUGAAAGAUGAACAACAAACCUUACCCCGUCCCCCCCAAGCCUUCUUCCAGCAGAGAUGAUCCAAGCUUGCACACCUCAGCACCCGUCAUGAUGCGAUCACUGCAUCCGCCUCCAGCCAAGUAGUCUCAAAGCCUCUCAAGGAACAGGAUGAGAGUCAACUGAACGAGAACAUCAGCGCUUUUCAUCAAGUCAAGCUUUGUGCUUUGAGAAGGAACUGCAGCAGAUUCUUAGGAUUUUCUUUUUUUACCUGUGUGCUGCAGUGUUCUUGCAGUCUCCAAAGGGACAGUGCUGUCCAAAGAAUGCAGGACCAUGGAGGAGAGAGACAAGUCCCCAGCAGUCUGCCGCAUAGCGUCAAGGCCAGCCUGUCCCUUUCUCCAACGGGGCCAGGACGGGUGGGCAGCGGCGGGGGCUCUCCCACAUCCAAAAUGGCCCCCGGUGAAGUCGGGGUGCCUGUGGAGGACAUGCAAGCCCUGGCCAUCACCUCGCUUUCUGCUGCAGAUGUAGCCAAACAAUUUGAGCAGAUUCGAGAGCUGGGGAAAGGCACAUAUGGAAAAGUGGACCUGGUGGCGCACAGAAGCCAAGGUGAGUCCAUCCAACACUCACUUUUUGUGCGGUCUAUGAACACAUUUUAUUGUGUUCAUUUCUGUCUGAUGUUUUCAGGCACUAAAAUGGCGCUGAAAUUUGUUACUAAAAACAAGACCAAGCUCAAGAGUUUCCUGCGGGAGUACAGUCUUACAGGUUCCCUUAGCUCCAGCCCGUUCAUCAUCAAAGUCUUGGACGUGCUCUUUGAGACGGAGGACUGCUACGUAUUUGGACAAGAAUACGCUCCCGCCGGGGACCUUUUCGACAUCAUUCCCCCACAGAUGGGCCUGCCAGAAGAAAUGGUCAAACGCUGCAUGCAACAACUUGGCCUGGCCCUGGAUUUCAUGCACAGCAAAAACUUGGUGCACCGGGACGUCAAGCCAGAAAACGUACUGCUGUUCGACCGCGAGUGUCGCCGCAUCAAGCUGGCGGACUUCGGCAUGACCCGGCGGGUGGGCUGCCGCGUGAAAAGGGUGAGCGGAACCAUCCCCUACACGGCUCCGGAGGUGUGCCGGGCCAGCCGCACCGAGGGCUUCCUGGUCACCACCAGUCUAGACGUGUGGGCUUUUGGAGUUCUGGUCUUCUGCAUGCUCACAGGUAACUUCCCCUGGGAGGCCGCAUUGCUAACCGACGCCUUCUAUGAGGAGUUUCGACGCUGGCAGAAAGCUGGAUGUCCCGUGGGAACAUAUCCGUCUCAGUGGCGCCGAUUCACUGACGACGCCCUGCGAAUGUUCCAAAGGCUCCUGGCCGCAGAGCCGGAAAAACGUUGCGGGGUCAAGGACGUCUUCUGCUUUGUCAAAUACGACCUGGUGAGUGAGCUCAGGCGCAGAGCGUCCUACCGCGCCAAGAGAGGCGAACGUUCCAGCUCGGGGGUGUGCACUGGCAACUGCACUUCAUCCUCAUCCACUUCUUCCUCCUCACGCACCUCCCACAGACAUCCAGAGCCUUCCACGCCUCCUGGAACCUCCUGCCUUCGCCCAGCUCCCCUCAAACGGAGUGUCCUCUCUGACCCCAGAGAGGAGGCUGGACAGCAGCAGCCUCCAGGACGGGACAAGAACAAAAGCCAGAUGGUGAUAGCCACUGCCAUUGAAAUCUGUGUAUAACUAGCUGACUUUUCACUGUCAUAGCAAAGUGCUCUCUAUAUUCAAAGUCCAUCUUAAGGGAGUUUAAGAGAAAAUCUCAGAUCACACUGGAAAUAAACUUCAUCCAUCAGCAGCCUGGACCUGGCUAAAAGGCCUUUUAGGUUUGGGAUUCAUGGCCAAAGACGGCUGAGAAAGCGUCUUACCACGCCAAGAGAGGCGAACGGUCCAGCUCGGGGGUGUGCACUGGCAACUGCACUUCAUCUUCAUACACGUCUUCUUUCUGAUGCACCACCCACAGACAACCAGAGCAUUCCACGCCUACUGGAACCUCCUGCUCUUGUCCAGAUCGCCUCUAAUAGAGCUUCAGCUCUGAUCCCAGAGAGGAGGCAGGAUAGAAACACUCUCCAGGACUGGACAAGAACAAAAGCCAGAUGGUGAUGGCCACUAACACUGAAAUCUUUGUGUGAGCACACUUCCAUUCAUCUGUUUUCUAUAUAAGGCAUAAUCUGUUCAGGGUCAGUCAAGGAGCUGGAGCCUGUCUAAGAUGACUCCAGCCAAAAGACGGACUACAUCACACGACUGGUCGCCAGUCAGUCGAAGGGCACAUAUAGAGACAGACAACCAUUCAUACACACAUUUACACAGUCCCUGAACUGUACCCACGUUCACUGCCUCGAAGUCAGGGAACUGUACCACUACAUCUUCAGUGACACAUGCGCAGACUUGGGGUAACAAGAUGGCUUUUCACAGUCACAGCAAAGUGCUCGCCAUCUCCAAACUCCAUCUUAAAAGGCAGUUUAACAGAAAAGCUCAAGAUCACACUGAAAUUCGUCAGUAGCAUGGACCCAGGACCGGGAUUCAUGGCCAAAGACGGCAGCACGGGGGGGGGUGCACUUCUUCUCCCUGGCGUACAUACCACAGACGCCCUCCUGCCUUUGCCCCUGAAAUGUACCAUCCUUUCUAACCCCAAAGAGGAGCUGGAGAGCACCAGUCUCCAAGACGGGAACAAGAACAAAAGCCAGAUGGUGAUGGCGAGCGUUAUGACCAGAGAUCUUCUGCAGACUUUGGCAGCACACGCCAAACACUGUGGUGGUGUGCUAAUGAUCACAUAGUAAGACACUACACAGAAAUUACUUCCACAUCAUUUGUUCACUUUAUAGCAGAGGUUCCAAAUCCUUUUGGGUCAGGGAUCCCCCUCAGUAUCCUAACGCCAACCAAUUAAACAUAACUACCACGUGUGAAUGAUAUGAUUGGGGACACCAGUUUCAGAACCACUGCUUUUAAGUAUCUCAUAUCACUUCAGAGGCUUCAGAUGACUCAGAGGCCACUGAACGUUUGACUUCCUCGUCCAGUGCAUUACCACACUUAAGAUCAAAUAAAAUAGACAUCUACGUAGCAGUUUGUGCGGGACACGUUAUCUUGUGUCUCACAGAUGUGCAUCACCUCAGGACACUUGAGUGGAUCACUUCCCAUUUUAUUAGUAAUCCAUUCCGGUAAAUCUAUUGUCUGCGACUGUUGGACUGCUGAGCUCCAUUUACAGGAACAUUUUAUGAGCGCAGAGGUGUGAACAAUAAGGAGCGAACGUGUUUUAAUAUUUUGUUUUUUCCUUUUCUACUUGUGUGUGUGUGUGUUUGUAUGUGUGAGCUCCCAACACGAAAGCACAAUAUGUUUCUAAAAGGAAGAGGAAUCUCACUCCAUAUUGUAGAUGCAUUUGGUAUUUUAAAAAGUGCUCUGUAAUAUCAGGUAGUUCAACUAUGUAGCUGUACUCAUUUUCUAAAUCAGGGGAUUUGGUCACUGUCAGGUCAACGCGUUGUAUGUAGCAACUAAAUAGGACGGAAUGUACAGUUCAAUGCAUCACGAGAGAUACUGUUUACUGUUUAACACAGUAGCUGCUACUUUUUCUUGUUUGAGUAUUUUAUCGGAUUUGAAUUACUGGCCACGGUGUGACUCAGUGUUGGGUUUGUAGAAACUGAACGCUUUGUUUCCACUUACAGUUGAUUUCAUUUUGCAAACUGGCGGGGGUUUACUCUAUGUAUAUGUAACUUGAGAUUUAGGUCUAAAUUGGUUGAAACACCACUAUCAUGUUAAUCUAUCAGUUCUUAAUCUGUGGUGCGUUCUUUUGAUGAAACGUUUUAUAGUGAUGUUCACAGAAAAAAUGUACGAUUGAGGGUGAUUUGCGAAUCGGCUGUUACGAUAUUGCUUGGUAGCAACUUGGCUCAAUCCUACAUUUUCCUUAUGUGCCGACUGUCAACAGAGUCUUUAUUCGGCCUGUUAUGGGGAUGGAUUUAGGUUGACACAACCAAUGCCUCGGCAAGGCGUCAUUAAAAAGUGUGCUAAUAUCUUACUGUAUAUCAAAGACGCACAGCUCAUUACAUAAACAGCUAGUGUACAUACAUAGAGUAUUCACAGUCCUUUACUUUAUUUCCACAUUAUUAUUUUUUUUUAAGUUUGAAUACAUUAUUUUCUGUGUGAAAUUUGGAGGGCGGAAAAUAUCCCAUUUGGAAUAAGGCUGUAACAUAACAAAAUGAAAACAAGCGCGUUGGAUACUUUCCGUAUGCACUGUACGCGGCCUUCAAAUGAACCCCCGGCCAUCCCCCCCUGAGCAGAUCCCAGGUGUUUGUUAUAUGGAGAAGUGUCCUCUGUGUCAGCUACUGUUGUUCCACGAGCUGAUCAAUCAUCAGCUAACAAACAGUCGCGUCUAAUUACAAGAAAAAGUGUGUGAAUGCUUCAGCGUGCGCUCGUGGCCACGCGAGUUCUUGUUUUUAUCUGUUCGUAGACCUGCUCAUGAUUGUGUCGGUGUUGUUUUCAUCACAAUCCCCCCCCCCCCCCCCCACCCCCAAGUUUUCACGCUGACGGCCCAUCAGCUCUGUUGCUAUAGCGACAGUGCCACAUUGCUGCUGUUGUUGGGCUUCUGUCCUCCUCAAGUCUAAUUGAGCCCAAAUUAAACAACUUCACAGUCACACACAGCCGUUGGGAACAAUUGUUCGGUUUCUUUCAAUGGACAAGAUUGGCAGAGAUAAAGGUAAAAUAGCAUAGGGUGAACACAGUCUCAUUAUCCACAAUUUAAAACAUUUAUUACAAAAGUAACUGAUGAGAUACAAUGGUCCCCUGUAUAUUUGCUCCCAUGAUACAUUGCGGCAAUAUGAGAUGGCUUUAACAGAACCUAUUUCAUCAGAAGGGUGCUUGAAAUACACGAAUGCAAUGUGAUGAAAAAAAACUUUUAUAACCACGGAGUACAUGGAACAAAUCUGAUUAAAAUAUCCCAUCAAUUGCUUUUGUAAUAAAUGUGAAUUGUAACGAGACGAGGUACAACCUGCAAUAACGUAGGGCUAAUUGUGGUGAUAAGCUGUAAAAUUUAAAUACUGUAAAUCUUCAAAAUGUGGCCUCCAUUCUAAUAGAUGAAUGUGAGUCAUCCACACCUCCACUCAAUUAGAUGCCCCCCCCCCCCCCCCCCCCUCAGGAAAAAAAAUAAAAAAACUGUUGGUGCCUCUAGGUAGCUGCAAUAACCUUUCCUAUUGCCAAGUUAAUUUCCCCCAAGCAGUAAAGUUCGCUUGGGUGCACUACAUGCAGAUUUUGUUGGCGAAUGUGUAGGCAGGACGUUGAUAGCUGCAUGAGCUCCAGAAAUAGCGUGACAAAUAAAGGCCUCCUCUCAAAUAGAAGCCUCCUUGUUUUGCUUGUGCGUUGUACUGUUGAGGAAUUACACACUCCUGGAAAUGAACACCUGCUACACUGCGCAGUUGAGAAAAUAGAGAUAUUGGUAAAUAAUUUGUAAAAAUAACAUACCCACAUAAGGACUUGACCAAGAGUAUAGUAGUACAAAAAUUAAUGAAAUUGACGAAAUUUGGACAUAGGGGGUUUCGGUCCGAUGUCAGCGAUAUAUAUUUGAUUAGUGUCGGUUACGUGACAGUAAUUGCAACAUGUUACAAAUGCCGUCGUCACAACAUGCAGGAGACAAACCAAUAGAGGCUCACCUUGACCUUCCAAUUCUGAUGCUUGACAGCAGGAUGAGCGAGACGGUUGCAAUUAGCCUAGAUGUCCAUGUUGUCGAAUGAGCUUCUCUGCAUUGUAGAAAAAGGUCAGGAUUAGAUAGACGGUAGGUGGUGCGCACAUGUAACAGAUUUAAAAAAAAAUAAAAAUAAAAACCGUAAAAAAAACUUAACCUGCAUAACAGUCAUUGUGAGCCAACAUGACUCAGUAUGAUGCCACAUGACUGUUACAUUAUUCACAAAGCAAUGCAUGACGUCUUACGUGAGCAUCAUUGUUCUACUUUUCUUGCUGCAAAUGGACUGUUAACAACCAUUGUCAAGUUCAUUGACAAAGGUUGACAUAUCUGAGUGAUAAGCCUUCCACUUGAUCCAAGAAGUCAGUGUUUCCCAAACUUGAUUGAGUCAACGCAUAUAUUUUACUUCGGAAAAAUCACCACCAAACAAAAAUGUCACAAUAGGUAUACUGAUGGACACACAGGUUAAUUAUAUCUUCUGCCAUCUAGUGGAAGAGUAUUUAAUUGUUCUCCCUGUCACUACAUGUCAGGUGCAUAGACAAACAAAGAUACAUUAUUUAUAGUAACAAACAAUUUUCAGCCCAAUUAAGUGCAAUUUUCUACAGCACACAUGAUAAUUUCUCAUGGCACAUAAUGGUUGGGAAUCAUUGCAAUAAGCAAAACCAAUUUUAUGCCACCAAGAGUUGUUGUAGAAUCUUGUAAAUACUCUGUGUCUUUAAUAUAAACAAGAAAGAUGUUAAUAUAUGUUGAAAUAAAAUACAAUUAUGCGCCACUUA